CAUACACACAAUUGAAAAAGGUGAUGUUAAAGUUUGAUUUAGACGCUUGCUCGCAAGAGCAAUCGACAGCAUGUACGAAAACCGCAUCGCUCAGUUUGCUACCGUCGGAUGUGAUGCUGCUUACCUCACCUUUUAAUCCUCAGCUUCUUCCACAAACGACACAAACAGCACUUAAUGAUGUCAAUAUGGAGAAUGACCAUGACAUCUUGCUCAGUUUCUCUUCGAGUUCUGUCUCUGAUCCACUGGAAGACGAGGCUUUUCUGGCUUUUCUUUCUUCCUCGGCUCCCUCGUCUUCGGCUUUUCCUGAGACGAACCAUGCCGAUUGUAUCCACAUGUCACCUCGGAAGCCAGGAUCCAAGUCAAUCCCACUGGUGAUGCCUGUCAAGCACAGCAUGCCAGCACGAAAUAAAUCCAAUGCCAGACUUGGCUACUGCCAACAUCCCAAGCAUAUUGUUUAUCGCCAACAACCAUCCACGCACGCCACUUCGACUCCGCGGCGAGGUCGACCACCCAAAGGAACCAAAACAGCCGAUAAACAUCUUUUUGGUCUGCCAGGUAGUACGUCGUCUCCAUUGCAAAUGACCGUACGCCCGUUACCGAAACGAUUGGAAGCGGUGGUUGGGCAUAAAAAUAUUCGAGUGUGCUUGACGUGUCUCAAACGAACAGACGCCGAUGCCGAUUACCUAGCUCAUCCUUUCUACAUUGCGCCUCAAACGGGAAAACGAAAAUGUGACGCCAGUUAA